GAGUAAUUUCCUUGUUUCAGAAACAACAUGGCUGCUCACAUGAAGACGUUUCAAGGAUCACAGURAGAAGGAAGAACCUGCAAACCAUGAAGGAAAGCAGCCACAAUGGAUACAAAGGAAGUGGUUCACUUGACUCUUCAGAUACAGAAGUUAGCUGCAGAGCAAAGUUUUGGGAAUAUCCUCAGCCUCCUUGGUGAUCUYGAUAAGUCUCAUUUAACAGCAGGGCAGCUGGAAGCCACAGAYGUCGUCAAAGUGCUUUAUAGGCUCCUGAGAACCUGCUCAGAUCACAGCGUAAAGAGGACUGCGAAGAGCUUGUUGUCRAGGUGGAAGAGAGAGUACGGCAACGAAAGGCGAGGAGGGAAAAACRCAGAUUUGUGCGAUGUUUCUGUGGACUCCGGUGCGAGGGCUUCAGCACAAGAGGAUGGCGAUGGUCCAGUUCAGGCUGAAAACAGAGGGGAGGGCGGUUCAGAACCAGAGGCGAAAUGUGCCGUGCAAUGUACGAUCUCUUCUGCAUCUUCUGACCCUGUGAGGACUAAAUGUGUCCAGCUUCUCCUCUCUGCUCUCCACCCUGAACCUCCCGAUCAGGACAACGCGGCACAGUUGGCUGAAGACAUCGAGCGGCACAUCCACRAGCUCCACCCAGCCAACCAGCUUAAAUACAAAACCUGUUUGAGGAGCAAGGUGGCGAACCUGAGGAAUGCCAAACACGGACACCUACGUCAGGGUCUCCUGAGUGGCUCCCUGACCCCGGAGGUCUUCGCCCGGAUGUCUGCAGAGGAGAUGGCCUGUCCAGAGCUCCGGCAGCUGAGGAAGGAGUACUCAUCCCGGGGUGUGAGCGAGAGGCAGCUUCCACAAGGGCCGGAGGGGACACAGACGCAGAAGAUCCACUGCAAAAGAUGUGGAGGGUCAGACUGUAGAGUGACGCAGGUGUCCCGGGGGACACUGUUUUUACCUGCAUGGGUAAGGCGUGGGGGUCCUGAUGAGGAUGCAAUGACCUUUGUGACUUGUAGUGGGUGUGGCCAGCAGUGGUACCACAGUGGCUGGAACUGCCUCUAAAACUUGCUCAUGGAUUUUAUUAUUGUUCAUUAGAUGUCUUUGUGAAUGUGUCCUCCUUUCUGGAGUUUAGGAUCAGGUUUUAAUUAUCUUGCCCUGAAUUCUUGUUUUCAAUGUAUGAUCUUAAGCUACCAUUGUGCAAAACUCAAACAACUGGUAAGUUUUUGAUUUCAAGAAGCAAUAACAAUGAAGUUUUGUUUAUGAAAUUGUGAUUAUGUACAGAAUAUUUUCAUCAUUGUGACUCUGCUGUUAGUAAUGUCGUGAGUGUUUCCACCUACAGUUCAAAGGUUUCAAGCAGAACUUUUUAAUGUAAAUUAAAAAAAAAUAUAUAUA